GUUACAAAUAUAUUAUUUGUUGUUUGAGGACACCCAUGUAUCUAUAAAUACCCCUCCAACUCCAUGGGACCAACCAACUCAUAUUUAUUAUCAAUUCAUCCUUAUUAUAUAACUAUUAGAUUAACUAAGUGCAGUGAGAAGUGAGAAUGGAUUUCCCAGUGGUGAACAUGGACAACCUCCGCAGGGAAGAAGAAAGGUCUUCAACAAUGGAACUCAUCAGCCAAGCCUGUCAGCACUGGGGAUUCUUCCAGGUGAUGAACCAUGGAAUUGCGCCGGAGUUCUUGGACACAGUGGAGCGCCUCACAAAGGACCACUACACCAAAUGCAUGGAGCACAAGUUCCGGGACCAGGUCGCCGCCAUGGCGGGUCUGGACUCCGAGAUCCAGAAUCUCGACUGGGAAAGCACCUUCUUCCUCCGCCACCUCCCCGUCUCCAACAUCUCCGAAGUCCCGGACCUCGACGACCAAUACAGGCAGGUGAUGAAGGACUUCGCGGCCCAGCUGGAGAAGCUGGCGGAGCUGCUCCUGGACCUGCUCUGCGAGAAUCUGGGCCUGGAGCACGGCUAUCUGAAGAAGGCCUUCCACGGGUCCAACGGGCCCACCUUCGGCACCAAAGUCAGCAACUACCCGCCGUGCCCCCGGCCGGAGCUCAUCAAGGGCCUCCGCGAGCACACCGACGCCGGCGGCAUCAUCCUCCUCUUCCAGGAUCACAAAGUCCCGGGCCUCCAGCUCCUCAAGGACGGCCGCUGGCUCGACGUCCCGCCCUUGCGCUACUCCAUCGUCAUCAACAUCGGCGAUCAGCUCGAGGUGAUCACAAACGGGAAGUACAAGAGCGUGAUGCAUCGGGUGAUAGCGCAGGCGGAGGGGGCAAGGAUGUCGAUAGCGUCGUUCUACAAUCCAGGGAGCGACGCUGUGAUAUACCCGGCGCCGGCGCUGGUGGAGAAGGAAGGGGAAAAUUGCCGGUACCCGAAAUUCGUGUUCGAAGACUACAUGAAGCUGUAUGCAGGGGUGAAAUUCCAGGCAAAGGAGCCAAGAUUCGAGGCCUUCAAGAAGAUGGAGAGCAGUGCUGAAUUGGGGCCAAUUGCAACUGCUUAAGUGAGGUGCAGUGAAAAAUGAAAAUUGCUUGUAGUCAGUUUUCUUCUUUGUGUUCUUAGGAGUGUGAUUGGAAUAAAGUCUUGUGGUGGUUGAAUUAGUGUCUUAUCUUUGAGAUUUGAGAAUAAUUAAAAGGGAGAUUGUUGGUUGACC